AUGACUUUAUUGCUACAUAGUAAGACCUGCAAUAUUUCAUAUAUUAUUUUUUACACAAUUAUUUACUGCCACUCUAAUUUCUGUAAUUUCACCUUUUACCGCACUGAUUUUAUCUUAGAAAUGUAGGGUCAUAUAAUACUUUUAGACAAUUUCAUCCCAUGUUGCCAAUAUGUAAUGCACUGUAGACAGAAUGUAUUGUUUUGUAUAUGGAACGAUUGCCUCUCUAGAAAAGCAGUGGCCUUUGUGUGGGAUUUUAUUGUGUUACUUGAGGAAUCCAUUUUGUAAGUUGGUUAGUCAUCCAUUUUGUUAUAUUUCUUUCCACAGGAGGCUUUUUUGCUGCUGAGGUUAAACAGACCCCACUUUUCAAGAUUCCAUCUUUGGGAGAAAAUGUGUCACUGAUAUGUUCACACGAAGACAGCAGCUUCAUCUACAAAUACUGGUACCGACAGGAGAAAGGAAAGGCGCUGGUGUUUAUUGGACAGAUGUACAGAGAAACAGUUACCAUGGAUACUCUUGUAGAGAACAAGAUGUCCAUCAAGCCAGAUGGUUUUAUGAAGAGUCUUUUAACGAUUCAUAAUUUUAUGGUUGAGGAUAGUGCAGCUUAUUACUGUGCCAGCAGCAUCCACAGUGAGAUGAUUGCAUAG